UUCAACAUCAUCAAGUCAGACUCUUUGGAUGAGAAAACCUCCAUCCUAAACAUGACAGCUUCACUUAAAGCGAGCUUCUUGUGUGGCUUGAUUGAGGUCGGUGGGUCUGCCAAGUACCUCAAUGACACCAAAUCAUCCAAACGUCAGUCCAGGGUCACCCUGCACUACAGCAUGACCACCAGAAUGGAACAGCUCACCAUGAACCACUUAGGGAGGCAGAACGUCAUCUAUCCAGAAGUAUUUAAGAUCAGAAAUCGGCCACCCAUGUUGUCACGGCCGUGUUAUUCUGACAAGAAAUUUGCUGACCAUUUUAACUGCACGUUCUAUGGUGAUUUUGCCCUUCAUCAGAAUCCCACAAGCUAUCAGGAUGCCAUGGAGAUUUAUACAAACUUGCCAAACAAACUUGGGAAAGAUGAUGAGCUAGCAGUGCCUAUCCAGGUCUGGUUGUACCCACUGAAAAAUCUAAAUUCACAGGCUGCUCAGCUGGUACAAGAGAUCAGUGUGGCACUCGUGUCCAAAUCUCAGGAGGUCCUGGAGGAGAUAGACGAGCGCAUCAAGAGGUGUGAGGGUGCAAACGAGGAACAGCUCGCAGACAUCCUGAAGAAGAAGGAAGAGUCACCAUUUAAGAAGCGUGGUAUAACAUCAUGGCUGGAUAAAAGAGAAAAGGAAAUCAGUAUGAUCACAAAUGUCUUUAAUCAAAUUAAAGAGAUGAAACUUGAUAUUGUUAUAAAUGGCCUGGAUACAUUAAUUUACAACAAUAAUAUUAAAAAUAUUGUCUGCUUGACUUUCACCUCACUCCAUGUGUCUCAGUCAUACAUAUCAGUAAUGAAACGCUACCUUCAGGCCCCUUGUCAGUCCUCAGAUCAUCUGUCAGAGCCAAGUGAAGAGUUAAUCAUCCAGAAUUUCAGAAAGUAUUCCCAGCAAUUCAUUGAGUUUGCUGAAAUUAACCAAAAUAGCAUGACAACGAGAUUUCGCUCACUCCAUCCCUGA